AUGCCCAAUCUAUUAUUAUAUUUUAUUCGUCGACCAGAAGCAAGAGCUUUUCUCAUUCUCCUCGUCUCAAUUCUCAUUCUUCCCUUGUCAGCAUUCUCCUUAUUCUUUGUUCCUCAGUCUAUCUGGCUACUUAUUCGUUCAUCAUAUAUUUUCAUUGCACUUUACAUUGUGGGUGUUUACUUCCUCACACGAUGGUUUGCUCGUGGCAAGCAGUUUAAUGCUCUUAAAACAAAAAAUCUUGGUGGAAAAACCUAUUUGAUUACUGGAUCGGCUAGUGGAAUAGGAAAGCAAACGGCUCUCGAAUUGGCGAAGCGUGGCGCCAAAGUGAUAUUGUUUGCACGACCAAGUAAUCUACAGCAAGCGAUCGACGACGUCAAAAAAGUAGCAAGAGACGAUAAACUCAUCAGUGGCUAUUCUCUCGACUUGGCUGAUCUACUUUCAAUCGAAAAAUGUAUCGAACAAUAUAAGAAAAGUGAGGGCGAAAAUACUUCGAUUACUGCUCUUAUCAACAAUGCCGGAGUAAUGGCCUGUCUAUAUUCACGUACAAAGGACGGCUUCGAGAUGCAAAUGGGCACAAAUCAUUUUGGUCAUUUUUAUCUUACUCAAUUACUUCUUCCCCAACUACGCAAUUCAAAAUCACGCGUAGUCAAUGUUUCAUCAAUAUCUCACGCAUUGUUGCAAGUGCCGUGCACACUCGAAACGUACACUGAACAAUUGAACAAACAGACAUAUAAACCUUGGCACGCUUACUCACUCAGUAAAAUAGCAAAUAUAUAUUUUACAAUUGAAUUACAGCGCCGUUUCGGUGCACAAGGUCUUCGAGCUUAUUCUCUUCAUCCUGGUGCAGUUAAUACAGAUCUUCUAAGACACACAGCUAUGUCUCAAUGGUUUAUUGCUCCUUUACGAUUCCUUCUGUUCAAAACUCAGCUAGAAGGUGCCCAAACGAGUUUGUUUUGUGCCGUAUCGGACGAAGCUGUACCAGGAAGAAGAGAAUAA